AUGAGUAGACAUUCAUUUCCCGUUCUUUCCCAACAAUUUCUUGUUGACGACAAAUAUCAGUUCGUUCGAGAGCUGGGACAGGGAGCGUAUGGUGUUGUGUGCGCUGCACGUAAUACGAUUACAGGUGAAGGCGUUGCAAUCAAAAAGGUUACCAAUGUUUUCAAUAAAACCAUCUUAACAAAGCGUGCUCUUCGUGAAGUAAAGUUAUUACAACACUUUAGAGGGCAUAAAAAUAUCACAUGUCUGUAUGAUAUGGAUAUAAUCAAUCCUAAUGAUUUUAAUGAAAUAUACCUCUAUGAAGAAUUAAUGGAGGCUGAUCUUCAUGCGAUUAUUCGUUCGGGCCAACCACUUACGGAUGCUCAUUAUCAAAGCUUCACUUAUCAGAUAUUGUGCGGAUUAAAAUAUAUCCAUUCAGCAAAUGUAUUACAUCGAGAUUUGAAGCCUGGCAAUCUUCUCGUGAAUGCUGAUUGUGAACUCAAGAUUUGUGAUUUUGGCCUUGCACGCGGUUUUUCAGAAGACCCAGGAGCAAAUGCUGGUUUUAUGACAGAAUACGUUGCCACAAGGUGGUAUAGAGCUCCUGAGAUCAUGCUCAGUUUUCAAAGUUACACCAAAGCUAUUGAUCUAUGGUCUGUAGGGUGUAUCCUAGCCGAAUUAUUAGGUGGAAGGCCAAUAUUUAAAGGAAGAGAUUAUGUUGACCAAUUAAAUCAAAUUCUUCAAACUUUGGGAACCCCCAGCGAACUUACUUUAUCAAGGAUAGGGAAAUAUAUUCGUAAUUUACCUCGUAUGCAGAAAAGACCAUUUGCCAAAAUAUUUCCUAAUGCAAAUGCUUUAGCGAUUGAUUUAUUGGAACGUCUAUUGACAUUUGAUCCUGCUCAACGUAUAACUGUUGAAAAAGCAUUAGACCAUCCCUAUUUGGCAGUGUGGCAUGAACCUAACGACGAGCCUGGAUGUGCUGAAACCUUUGAUUUCUCAUCGUUUGAGUCAGUGGAUGAUCCUCAGUUAAUGAGAAGAAUGAUCGUUGAGGAAGUGACCAAUUUCCGUAAUUCAGUACGACGUCAUCAAGUACCCCAUCUUAAUCUCGCAACAAAUAAACAUAAUUUAUCCAAGAUUCCUGACCGGGAUACUAUUCUAAAUUCUCCCACCGCGGUUCGUGGCGAUGUUGACGCGCUUGCCGCACAUUAUGUACAACCGGGACUUCAUAAGGGUAUCGGUAUGAGCGAAGAUCUUGAACGGGAGUUGAGCGGUAGAAUGGAAAUGUGA